CCCAUUUCAUUCUGUCGCAUCUAAACCUGCUGUAGUGAAUGCUCUUGGUUAUAAAAUGUUCAGGCCGGCGUAAACCUGCCGUAGUCCCGAUCAAAAUAAAUAUAUCUAUGAGCUGAAACAUCACACGUCCCAUUUCAUUCUGUUUAUUUUCUCCUUUAGGCUGACAUCGUCAACUGGAUACAUACUCAAUUACGGCAGAAGCAUGUCAGCAAAAUCAGCAGGAUUCAGCUGCAGCGCGAUAUGCUUCGGUUACUCCAUCAAAACACUAUACUAUCCUCACGUUUCCUAUAAGUUUGCCGCUCUGCAUAGCACAGCUUCAUCCUCCUACCAGGCUACCAGUGACCUCUUCUUGCCCAACAACGAAGUGUGAGCUACGCUUCAGAGCUCAGCUCAGCUCAGCCAUGUCGAUCGGAGUAGUGCUGCUAUCGCAGCCAUGGAGAUUGAUUUUUUCGCUGGGAGCGCUGGUGGCUCUGUGGUGGGCCUGGCGGGUGCUGGAGAUGGCCUGGAUCAGCCCGCGGAAGCUGGGCCGAGCCCUGCGGGCCCAGGGCCUCCGCGGCACGGUGUACCGUUUCCCGUUCGGCGACCUGAAGGAGUUCGCGCGGCUGGUCGGCGUGGCCCGGUCCAAGCCCAUGCCGCUGUCCCACGACAUCACACCACGCGUGAACCCUCUCUACCACAACGUGAUCAAAGAACACGGGAAGAUUUCGGUGACGUGGUUCGGCCCGACGCCGAGGGUGAUCGUCAACGAUCCUAAACUGGUGGGGGAAAUACUGACCAACAAGCAUGGCCACUUCCGGAAACGCAAGUUCACUAAUGGCAUCGUCAAGCGGCUGGCUAACGGGCUCGUCAGCCACGAAGGCGAGAAAUGGGCCGCUCACCGGAAGAUCAUCAACCCCGCCUUCCAUGUUGAGAAACUAAAGAAAAUGCUGCCUGCUUUUGUCGCAUGCUGCAACGACCUGGUAACCAGAUGGGAGGAUCACGUGGGGUCUGACGAGACGAAGGAGAUUGAUGUGUGGCCGGAGUUUCAGAACCUCACCGGCGACGUCAUCUCCCGUGCAGCGUUCGGCAGCAGCUUCAGCGAGGGGAGGAGGAUUUUCCAAAUACAGUCGGAGCAGGCCCGAAAUGUAGUGAAGAUGGUGAACUCUCUGUACCUCCCAGGUUUCAGAUUCAUACCGAUGCAGCUCAACCGAAGGAUGAAGGCAAAUACGAUCGAGGUGGAAGCGCUGCUGGCAGGCAUAAUCGGCAAGAGGGAGAAGGCCAUGAAAGAAGGAAAUGCCAGCAAAAACGAGGACCUGUUGGGCAUGCUAAUGGAGUGCAACAUCGCUGAGACCAAAGAGGCGGGAACCGCCAAGCCUAUCAUGACCAUGGAUGAUAUAAUCGGCGAGCUCAAGCUCUUCUACUUCGCCGGAAUGGACACCACGGCCGUGCUGCUCACCUGGGCAAUGGUCGCGCUGAGCAUGCACCCCGAGUGGCAGGACCGCGCCAGGGAGGAGGUCCAGCGAGUCUUCGGGGACAGCCAGCCGGACUUCGAUGGCAUAAGCCAAUUAAAAAUUGUGGCUAUGAUUCUGUACGAGGUUCUCCGGUUGUACCCGCCGGUGGUACAGUUUGACCGGCAGACCUACGAGGAGGUCGAGCUGGGCGGUGUCAGGUACCCGCCCGGGGUGACCCUCUCGCUCCCGAUCGUUUUCCUCCACCAUGACCCAGAUGUGUGGGGAGAAGACGCCGACGAGUUCAGGCCGGAGAGGUUCGCGGAGGGGAUCUCUAAGGCGUCCAGGAAUGGCUCCCGCGCCUUCUUCCCGUUCGGCUGGGGCCCGCGGAUUUGCGUCGGCCAGAACUUCGCGAUGGUCGAGGCUAAGAUGGCGCUGAGCAAGAUACUGCAACGCUUCUCAUUCGGCCUGUCGCCGGCCUACAUGCACGCGCCGUUCCCGGUCUCCACUCUGCAGCCUGAUCAUGGCGCACAGAUCAUGCUCAAGAAGCUCUAGUCGCAUGUGACUUUUUAGAAUUUCAAUCUUGCGUUGCCCGGAAAUUACCCUUGUUUCAUUCACCUAAAAAACGCAUGCAGUUGGUAA